GCUCAAAUUACCGCAGCACACGGCGGGCGGCACUAACCGACUCGGGGUAGCGCUGGGCGAGCGGCUGAGACCGAUCGGCAGCAGGUGCCUCGGUCGUGAACAAGUCAAUAGUACCAUGCCCCAUCGACAGAUAGCCAGCAACGGUCUCGUUGAGUCGGAAGCCGCUCACAAUCACAUAACGACAAUCACUCGCGUCAGCAGCAUUCAGAUUGCCCGAGUCGCCGCGGUAGUCGACGGUGAUGCCCUGACCCUGUGUUGUGUCGUUGGUCAUCAGGCGGCUAUAGCGAUGGUCAUCACGGCCGAUGACCGCAGACAGCAUCAUCCUCUCGCCUACUCCCCC